UCUUCCAACACUCAAGUUCUCCAAUAAUUAGCUAGCUUGCUCAAAGAAAAGAGUAACACGCCAUUAAAGCAUACCAAAGCCAUGAAGAUUUUUGUUGCAGCAUUGGUCAUUGCUCUCAUUUGUCUUCCUACGGCCAUUUCCGCGAGGCACAUAGGCAGGCCACGAACACACCAUGGGCACCACCAUUCGACACGGUCUCGAAUUAAAGAUGGGACUGUGGCACAACCCAAUUUCUACAGGGAAAGAUGGCCAGCAAAGAGAAGGGGCGAUACUGUCCAAAUUGCUGGAUCAAGCUUGCCUGAUUGUUCUCAUGCAUGUGGGUCAUGCUCACCAUGUAGACUAGUAAUGGUCAGCUUUAUUUGUGCUUCACUUGAAGAGGCUGAGACCUGUCCCAUGGCUUAUAAAUGCAUGUGUCAUAACAAGUCUUAUCCUGUCCCAUGAGCCAUGACUCCCUUUUUCUUUCUUUUUUUGUUAAAAUGUACCCUCUCCCAUGACUUAACUUACCAAAUGUUUAACUUUGUCUAACUAGUAGAUUUAGGUACCCGUGUUUUUGUUUUUUUUCCCUCUCAUUUUCCCCAAUUUUACCUUUCUAUUGUAGACAUGCCUUUAUUUGUGUAAUCAGAGAGUCAAUCAGCUUCCUUCAUCAUUACGAGGUCAUUGAUAUUAUUAUUUGCUAGCAUUUCAAUUUAUUA